AGGGUUCGGGUUUUGGAGCGGCUGCGGGACCCGGGUAUGAAGUCCGGACCAAAAGCUCAGCUCCAAGAUGCUUCCGUCUGAAUCUCAGCGUUCUCCCGCCCGGAACCAAAGGAGUGGUUUGACCCGGGCGAGACCGUCGUCAUCGACCGUGGGAGUGGAUGGAGGAGUCGGCCUGCAGGCUGCAGUGGUGGUUUCGCUUGCUGCGCGUGGCAGUGCACCUGCACAGAGCUUGAAGCCCUUGGGGAGGGCGGGACCGAGCCAAAUUGGGUCUGGGGUCUGGGGCUUGGGGGCGAAAUUCCAAGGUGAAUUCUUAAACCCCUUAAAAUGUCUAAUGACGUUUCCUCAAGAUGUCCAGGAGAUGCAGCUCUCUCCCAUGGUUCCUUGUUGCCCUUAAUAUUCUACGCCACCUAGGAAAAUGUCUGAUGAUUACCCCAUUAUCCCUAGUUCACCCUAAUCUCUUUCCAUGAUUUCACAGUGCGUUUACACCAGUAAUCUGUUUGUGACCCCUCAGUAGUUAUCAGGAAGCCUAUGGCAGCUGCCCAGUCCUACCUCAGCCCAUCUUGAAAACAAUCUUAGGCAACAUGGAACCACCACGAGGCCCUCCUGUUAGUGGGGCUGAGCCAUCUCGGGCAGUUGGCACUGUCAAAGUGUACCUGCCUAACAAGCAACGCACAGUGGUGACUGUCCGGGAAGGCAUGAGUGUCUAUGACUCUUUGGACAAGGCCCUGAAGGUGCGGGGUCUCAAUCAGGACUGCUGCGUGGUGUACAGACUCAUCAAAGGAAGAAAGACAGUCACUGCCUGGGACACAGCCAUUGCGCCUCUGGAUGGUGAGGAGCUCAUUGUGGAGGUCCUUGAAGAUGUGCCACUGACCAUGCACAAUUUUGUACGGAAGACAUUCUUCAGCCUGGCCUUCUGUGACUUCUGCCUUAAGUUUCUGUUCCAUGGAUUCCGCUGCCAGACCUGUGGCUACAAGUUCCACCAGCAUUGUUCCUCCAAGGUCCCCACCGUCUGCGUUGACAUGAGUACCAACCGCCGACAGUUCUACCACAGCAUCCAGGAUUUGUCUGGAGGCUCCAGGCAGCAGGAGGCUCCCUCAAAUCUCUCUGUGAAUGAGCUGCUAACCCCCCAGGGUCCCAGCCCCUUUGCCCAGCAACGUGACCAGGAGCACUUCUCAUUCCCUGCCCCUGCCAAUCCCCCACUGCAGCGCAUCCGCUCCACAUCUACUCCUAACGUCCACAUGGUCAGCACCACAGCUCCCAUGGACUCCAGCCUCAUGCAGUUUACUGCUCAGAGCUUCAGCACCGAUGCUGCUGGUAGAGGUGGUGAUGGAGCCCCUCGGGGUAGCCCUAGCCCAGCUAGUGUGACUUCAGGGAGGAAGUCCCCACAUUCCAAGUUACCUUCAGAACAGCGGGAGCGGAAGUCCUUGGCAGAUGAAAAGAAAAAAUUGAAGAACCUGGGGUACCGGGACUCAGGCUAUUACUGGGAGGUGCCACCCAGUGAGGUACAGCUGUUGAAGAGGAUCGGGACAGGCUCUUUUGGCACUGUGUUUCGGGGGCGUUGGCAUGGCGAUGUAGCUGUGAAAGUGCUCAAGGUGGCCCAACCUACCGCUGAGCAGGCCCAGGCCUUCAAGAAUGAGAUGCAGGUGCUCAGGAAGACACGACAUGUCAACAUUUUGCUGUUCAUGGGUUUCAUGACUCGGCCGGGGUUUGCCAUCAUCACACAGUGGUGUGAGGGUUCCAGCCUCUACCACCACCUACAUGUGGCUGACACACGCUUUGAUAUGGUCCAGCUCAUUGAUGUGGCCCGGCAGACUGCCCAGGGCAUGGACUACCUCCACGCCAAGAACAUCAUUCACCGAGACCUAAAGUCCAACAAUAUCUUCCUACAUGAGGGGCUCACAGUCAAGAUUGGUGACUUCGGCCUGGCCACAGUGAAGACACGGUGGAGUGGGGCACAGCCCUUAGAGCAGCCCUCAGGGUCUGUGCUAUGGAUGGCAGCUGAGGUGAUCCGUAUGCAGGACCCGAACCCCUACAGCUUCCAGUCGGAUGUCUAUGCCUAUGGUGUUGUGCUCUAUGAGCUUAUGACCGGCUCACUGCCCUACAGCCACAUUGGCAGCCGUGACCAGAUCAUCUUUAUGGUGGGCCGUGGCUAUCUGUCUCCGGACCUCAGCAAAAUCUUCAGUAAUUGCCCCAAAGCCAUGAGGCGCCUGCUGACUGACUGCCUCAAGUUCCAGCGGGAGGAGCGGCCCCUAUUUCCCCAGAUUCUGGCCACGAUCGAGCUACUGCAGCGGUCACUCCCCAAGAUUGAGCGGAGUGCUUCUGAACCCUCCUUGCACCGCACCCAGGCUGAUGAGUUGCCUGCUUGUCUUCUCAGCGCAGCCCGUCUUGUGCCUUAGACCUCACUCCCAGCCCACCAGGGAGACAAUUUCAGCGUACCAUGCCAAGGCACACCUACCUACCAGCCAAUCACUGUUUUGUUUCUGCCUUGAUACUGCCUCAGGAUUCCCUAUCCCAGACCCUGGGAAAUUUGGGGGACCCCAAAAACUGAGGUCUCCUGCUUUCUCCAUAAUUUGGUCUCCUCUUGGCUUUGGGGAUAGUUCUAAUUUGGAGAGCUGUUUUAUCUCCAAUGGCUGUGAUUCAGUGCAAGGAUUCCACUCAGAACCCUUUCUAAAGUUUUUGCCUGAUGUGUCUUCACUGGAUUUUGGGGUUCCCAGCACCCCAUGUAGAUUUGGGGGUUUCUCUUUGUCUCCCCCACUAUUCAAGGACUCUCCUCUUUAUCAAGAAGCACAGAAUUCUGCUGG